AUGGACCCUGUGCCGACCGGGCUCCGGGCACCUGCAGACGGCGCCCACGGCACCGCCGACCCCUCCCCUGCACAGACCGGGCUCCGGGCACCGGCAGACGGCGCUCACGGCACCGCCGACCCCUCCCCUGCACAGACCGGGCUCCGGGCACCUGCAGACGGCGCUCACGGCACCGCCGACCCCUCCCCUGCACGGACCGGGCUCCGGGCACCUGCAGACGGCGCUCACGGCACCGCCGACCCCUCCCCUGCACAGACCGGGCUCCGGGCACCUGCAGACGGCGCUCACGGCACCGCCGACCCCUCCCCUGCACAGACCGGGCUCCGGGCACCUGCAGACGGCACGCACGGCACCGCCGACCCCUCCCCUGCACGGACCGGGCUCCGGGCACCUGCAGACGGCGCUCACGGCACCGCCGACCCCUCCCCUGCACAGACCGGGCUCCGGGCACCUGCAGACGGCGCUCACGGCACCGCCGACCCCUCCCCUGCACGGACCGGGCUCCGGGCACCUGCAGACAGCGCUCACGGCACCGCCAACCCCUCCCCUGCACGGACCGGGCUCCGGGCACCUGCAGACGGCACGCACGGCACCGCCGACCCCUCCCCUGCACGGACCGGGCUCCGGGCACCUGCAGACGGCGCUCACGGCACCGCCGACCCCUCCCCUGCACAGACCGGGCUCCGGGCACCUGCAGACGGCGCUCACGGCACCGCCGACCCCUCCCCUGCACGGACCGGGCUCCGGGCACCUGCAGACGGCACGCACGGCACCGCCGACCCCUCCCCUGGAGACACUAACCCAGCGAGCUCCAGCUGGAUUCCCAGCCCUUGA